GUGUGGCUCCGCUGCAGCGUGUUCCAGAAGUACAAGGAAGCAGCCGACCCACUGCAGAGUCCGUCCCUGGAGCUGACCAACCCCGAUGCUGCCUGCGAGGAGAGCUCUGAGGGAGUCGUCGAGGCUGAAGAAAUCCCCUGAUGAGAAAGGCACUCUCCAUAUUGAGGAGUUUGGCCUUUCUAUCCAACACUGUUGUGUUCCUCGCACACAUUCCAGGCCUUGUGGGUGCUCAGUAACUGCUCACAGACACCCCCACGCAGCACAUUCUCUUUCGACUAAGCCCAGCCGCUGUAUUUAUGGCCCGGGAACCAGCCCUCCUUUAUCCAUUCAGAUCUCGGGGGAAAGCUCAAUUCCAGAAGAACCCAGCAGAAUCACAGCGGCAGCAGGCGGCGACAUCAGCGGUACAGAGGAGAAAAAGCAAAGCAAGUCGCAGCAGCUGAAAAAGAUCUUCAAGGAGUAUGGCGCCGUGGGCGUGUCCGUGCACGUUGGGAUCUCGCUCGUCUCCUUGGGCAUGUUUUACAUGGUUGUUUCAAGUGGUCUGGACAUAUCAGCCAUCCUGCUUAAACUCGGAUUUAAAGAGUCCCUGGUACAGUCAAAAAUGGCAGCGGGCACCAGUACCUUCGUGGUGGCUUACGCCAUCCACAAGCUGUUCGCACCCGUGAGAAUCAGUAUAACUUUAGUUUCCGUGCCCUUCAUUGUCAGGUAUUUUCGGAAAGUGGGACUUUUUAAACCUCCAGCUGCAAAGCCUUGAACUCUUUGACUGAGGGCCUGAAAACCUAUUUCUUUUCACUGACACAUUUUGGCUUUGGUUUUAGGAUGUAGGUUUUUCUGUGGGCAGGGAGGGGGGUGCUAACUGCUGAGCUCUCGUGGAUAGGAGUUACUUUUGCCAGCAAAAAUCCAGAGUUUUGAAUCACUGUAAAUUUCUUUUGCUUUAUAAACUGCGACAGUGCUAUUCACUGAAGGGCUUGUCUGCAUCAUCUGUCAACAAAACAUCACCCGAAAGUUGUCAUCUCAGACAAAACCGUCAGCCAGGAAAUGUUCCUUCUGGAAGAUCAUUGGUGAGGGUCUGUCUGCAGAAGCCUCAGGGGUUAAUUUUCACUCAAGUUCUUAAAGGGCAGUGAUUCAUUAAACUGGUUUUAAAAAUGUACAAAUUCCCCUUCCUCCAAUAUUUGUCAGGCUGCCUGCAGCUUAAUAUGCGAUAUUCUGCCAAACAGCUGCCAGGGCUACAAUUAAUGAAGCAGAACUUAAGACUUCACAGUGUGUAGUCAGGAUCUAAAUUAGCAUCAGCACUUUGACAUUCAUUACACGUGUUUGAGGGGAACGAAAAACACGUAUUUCUGGUAUGUUUCACCGAUCCCAACGCCUUCCAAUCUGGACACGAUGGGCCUGCCUCAGCUGAUGGUCCCACGUGUCAUGAAAGUAGGUGGGCAUCACCUGUCUCUGUUUAGGUCCAAUAUGGAGCCUCUGCCCAACAGCAACAGCAUCAGGUGGCUCCAGACGCCGGCAAUUUGGAUCCUGCACCCAAAAAGCUGAGACCGUCUUCGCCGCCUUCCCUGUAGCUUAGACGUCAGAUGUUCCACAAUUACUGUCACAGUGUUUACAUUGUGUUGCUACUUAUAUUUUUUGAGUUAAAAUUAUGUAUGUACCAAAAAAAAAAAAAAGGUUUUAUAUCACUCUCUAAACAGGACAGUUAGUCACACAUGCUGUAAAUAGAGGCCACUGGGAAUUAAAAAUUCAAGCUGGGGAGGGACUGAGCCAGUUUACCAGGUAAAAGGCAUGUGACCAGAGGCCCCUGGUUCUGUUCACACCACGAGGAGACCACCUUCCUCGACGUAGCCCGGAGUUGGCGGCGGGGAAGGGCUGUCCUUGGGACUCCACGCCCGGCACUACUGCCCUCAAGGCCAAGGGAACCACCCACCUCGGGAAACCCAGUGUUCAGGCUCCACCUGCAGCUUGGCUGAGGGGCUGCACUUGUCUUUCUGGCUCCCAGGGUUUAUUUUUAUAUUUUGGUUUGAUUAAUUACACUUGUGACAAGCAGAAAACGAACUGUAAAUGGAUCGCCCCGGCUCUACUGAGCUCUGACUGCUGACAGUUCCCUUACUUAGCCCUUACUAAUGCACAUCAACCAGUUUUUUCAGUUAACUUUUUAAAAAAAAUUUAUUAUGGUUCAUUUUCAAUUUUUGUUUUUAGGGCUACACCUGCAGCAUAUGGAAGUUCCCUGGAGAGGGGUCGAAUCAGAGCUGUAGCUGCGACCUACACCACAGCCACAGCCACACUGGAUCCUUAACCCACUGAGCAAGGCCAGGGAUCAAAUCCGAGUCCUCAUGGAUACUAGUUGGGUUCAUUACCGCUGAGCCACGGCAGAAACUCGAUUAACUUUUAUAAGAAUCUUUGCAGGACAGAUUCUCCACUUGCAAGAUCGAUACAGUGGAUCCGUUUCCCCCCUCCCCCCACAACAUCCCCUUUAAAACAAUUAGCCCAUUGCCCAAAGGCUUCAGGGAUUUAAAGCUGGAACUGCCUUUCUGGGGUCCUAUUCCAAGGGUGUACACAGCAGAGCAAGGUGGCGACACCUGCCAAGUGAGGGCAGGGCCAGCACUUUCGUGUCCACUGUCUCUGUUAACGGUUGGCUUGGGACUCAUCACCCUCUCCCUGCCAUUCAGAUCCCUAGUAACGCCUAUGCAAAACAAAGCCCACAGGGAUUCCUACCGGUCCAAGGGCUUAAAUCCUAAACUUUGAUUCCGUGUUGGAAGUAAGGGGAGUGGACUCAAAGGGUCAGGCAGUAAAACAAAUUUUCAUACCAAAUAGCCACACGGUCUCUUCGAAGCCCCAUCUGCACUCCACUCCUGUGGCCAGUGGUCACCAACAACAGAGCAAGCGGAGAGGAUGAGGAAACCGAAGGCCCAGGGAACUAGAGCAUCUUGUGCGCUCACCAGCAGGAUGUCCAUGUCGCUAGUAUUUGCAUUGCUUUUAUGGAACCAGGGGAAUAAAACUGAUCAUCUAUUUUAAAAACGUAAGCCACUGUUCACCUCUAAUUUUCUAUCAGACAAAACAAGCAGCAUGAAUUCUGCAAAACAAAUAAACGUCUUUGUAAAGUU